GACCUGGAAAUCAUCGGCCGAAACCUUACGGAUGAGCGGGAGUGGAAACAACAUCGAAAUUCACCAACUUUGUCAUUCCCGUCACAAUUGGACAGCCUGUGGUAUUUUGAGCAUAUCUCCAUCGUUUCUUCACGGAAUCGCAAACCGUUUGAUUCUGUGGAUUUCUAAGACGUAAGGCUACAACUUUCGUGAAGAAACCAUGUUAAAAUAAUGAGUUUAAAGUGGUCAAAUAUAGCUCACAAGUGGACUCAUAGUUGCUNCCAGGAUUUUGGAUGUUCCAACGAACAACGAUUCCGACGAUUAUCUCAUUAACUUCAAUAUUCUAACGCCGAACCUUCUCUACGAUACCUUCCGGAUGUUCCUAAUAAGUGUUAGAGAGUUUAUGGUAAGUUCUUGGAAUGAAACAAUAUGAAUUUGGUGAAGAAAAUGGUCCAACCCGAGGAGCUCGCCACCACUGGCGCAGUCCCGGUAUUUUGGCCAUAUCUUCUUCGUUACUCAACGAAAUCGCGAGCCGUUUGUUGGGCUGGAUUCGUAUCGUCCGGGGCUACAACUUUGGCUCAAGAAUCAAAGACAGUGGCAAUGGUGGGCGGUCUGAACAUUGGGCUUCUGGUGGGCGUGGUGUUGGUAACAAAGUUGGCAUUUCAUGGAGCCGCUUUGAUCAAUGCCAUUGGGUUUCUAUGUGUUGGAUUGAAUAUCGUAAUGUAUGCCUCCCCCUUGGCUGCAAUGAGGACUGUAAUAAGGACAAACAGUGUGGAAUUCAUGCCCUAUUACCUCUCGCUUUUCAUCUUCAUCAACGGUGGUAUUUGGGCGCUCUAUGCAUUUCUUGACCGCGAUUGGUUUCUUGGGGUACCAAAUGGGUUGGGUUUCAUAUUCGGAGCAGCACAAUUAAUACUUUAUGCGAUCUACAGUCGUACGUCAGCCAAAGUUGACGCCCGACCUUCUUCUUCUUCUUCCUCUUCUUGCAUGGACGACGGCGACUGCGCACAAAGUGAGCCUCUCAUUAUUGCACCGUCGCCGCAAGACUCUUUUCCUGCGCCUAUUAUUGUUCCAUACGUAUAGACUUAUUAGCUUGUAAGUGCAUGCAUGGAGUGACAUUUAUUCCAUAAUGAUGAAAAAUUGCACGUGAGUGUUGUUUAUAGAUUAUUUGUUUUUUUAUUUUUAAAUAAAAAUGAAUGAGUGUUGUUAAUAGUUUUGUUUUUUUGCUCUAAAAUAAUCUAGCAAGCAAUGAAGUGAUAAAAGUAGUUGUCUGGU